UGUAUCAGUGCACAAUCGUUCGGGUUUCAACAACGAUCGUACAAACAGUAUCUACCAGCAGCAGCAGCAGCAGCAGCAGUAGCGGAAGAAAAAAAUAAAUCAAAUAUUUUCAUUUUCCGGACGGUCAUUUCUCUAAGAACCAUGAGAUCGUUCCAAAUGUUCGCAGCGCUGGCCCUAAUGACCGCGUGCGCCGUGGCCAUACCGAUUUUUGUCGAAGGAGGACAUCGAUCCCACGCUUCCGAAUCCGACGAGAACUACGCGCCCAAAGCGUACAAGUUCGAUUACGCGGUGCACGACCCGGAAACAUACGACGUGAAGAGCCAAUGGGAAGCGCGCGAGGGCGACGUGGUCAAGGGAGCGUACAGCGUGUUGGACCCCGACGGCGCCAUGAGACUGGUCGAGUACACCGCUGACCCCGAGUCGGGAUUCAACGCGGUGGUCAGCCGGUCGGACAGCGGUAACACGGGCUACAGGAAGCCCAGCAACGACGCGUUCGACUUCUGAUUGGCGAGGAGACAACCACGACCACGGUACAUCGUAACGCAUACAUAAAACACGCGCCGCGCGCACGUCCGCGAUAUCCGUGCCGCGGCUAGGAAUACUUUUUUUUCUGUUUUUUUAUAUCCCCUGUACUUCUGUCUUAUACGUCUGUCAUAUCUAUCAACGUCCCUCUUUCUCUCUCUCAAGCUGUCCGCCCGAAGCCGUACCGAUGUGCUGCUACGGUUUUCUUGUUUUUUAUACGAACUACUUUGUUAUUAUUAUUAUUUUUUUGUAUUAAUAUUUUAUUAUUAUUAUUAUUAUUUUUAUUUUUAUACGAUUGUCGUAUGUACGUGUGUGCCGAAAUAUUCGCGUUGGAUCGCGAUACAACUACGUGUUAUAUCGUAACGUACGCGCACGUAAUACAUAUAUAACUUACAUUAAUGUACAUCCCACUUGUUAUCAAUUGAUUUUAUUUUUAUUUUUUUAUUAGUUUGUUUUUAUAAUAAAUAAAUACAUGAGAAAAAAAAAA